AUGGGAGCAUCCUCAUCGGCAGCCGUGUGGGGCAUUGACAUCUCUCGCUCCACCCCAGUUGCUUGCAAUCGGUGGUGGGCAGGUUUGGCACUGGGUGGCAAGCUCUACGGACUGCCCUGCAACUCGGAACAUCUCUUGAUCUUUGAUAGCUCCGACAAGUCGGAGCCCCUGCGUUUCGUGGAUACUCGCCGAAUUGCGACAGGUCAGGGUAAGUGGCGCGCUGCAGCGGCCAUAGGGGGAAGCCUUUAUGGUGUCCCUGACCGUGCAGAGGCUUUGCUGGUGUAUAAUUUCAGCACCGGCAAAGCAUCGGGGGUGGACACUCGCAAGCUGUCGCGGGGACCUCUGAAGUGGCAAUCUGCUGUGGUCUUGGCAGGCAAGGUCUACGGAAUUCCGCAUCAUGCCAGUAAGCUUCUGGUCUAUGAUGUGAAAUCGGACACAUUGAUGGGUGUCGAUACUACCCACAUCGCGACCGGCAACUCCAAAUGGCUCGCUGGACUCAGCCUGGGUGGGAAGGUCCUGGGCGUGCCUUGCAAUGCGGAUUCCAUUCUCAUCUACGACCCGUUGACAAAACGCUGCACUGGAGUCCAGACGCAGCCCUUCGCCACAGGGCCUUUCAAGUGGCUCUGUGCUGUCGCAGUGGCAGGGAUCAUGUAUGCAGUGCCUUGCCAUGCUGACUGCAUUUUGGUUUUCGACCCCGCCACAAAUCGCCUGCGUGGUAUCGACACCACAGCCGUUGCCACUGGGCCAGGAAAGUGGGUCACGACAGUGGUUUGUGCGGGGAAGAUUUACGGCAUCCCUGACCACGCCACUGCCGUGCUCGUCUUCGACCUGGCCUCUGAGGAGGUUUCAGGGAUUGGCAUUGGCCACUUGUCGGAUGAGACGACGGGCAAGUGGCAAGCUGCAGCUGUCAUGGGCGGCAAGAUCUAUGCCAUUCCAUACAAUGCGCAAUGCAUCCUGGUGGUGGACCCGGCGACAGCAUCAGCCUCUGUCAUCGAUGUGACGGGCCUCGAUUCUGGCACUGGCAAGUGGGGCUUCGCUGCAGCAAUAGGCGGAAAGCUCUGUGGCUUGCCCUGGGAUGCCUCCAACAUUCUGCUUCAUGAACCCAGUGAGGAUGUCAAGGAGAUUUCACCAAAGGGCCAAACCUGCAAAGAGGAAACCCUCAAGGAGGACUCUCCGGUGCAAAUGGCUGAAGACGUUGAGGAAACGAAAUUCAGUGAGACUCCAGACAUUUCCCUCGAGCUGGGGGAGAGACUGGUGCAGGACUUCGUGGCGGCAUGGCUGAGUGAAUGGAUUUAUUUCGUAGAUCCACUGAAGCCUUCGGCCGUGCCAACGCUGAAGGUGGGAGGAGAGCCGGUGAAGUUCCAGGUCCUCAGUGUUCUGGACGAUCCCAUGCAGGGCAGCCCUGCUCGGCUGGCGAUCGUCACGGCGGCACCGCAUGCCGGCAAUGCUGUGCUGUACUUGAUAUUCAAGGGUUCUUCCUUCAUGAACGACUUCGUGGCAAAUGCUUCCGUGGGGCCAGACUACACACCGUUUGAUGCCACCUUCGCCGACCGCACGACUUUCAUUCACCACGGUGCGCAUCAUGCCAUUGCCCAGCUGCGGGUGCAGCAGUGGUCUGUGCUGCAGGAGCAGCUGGAGCGAUGUUCCGGCGAAGGGGUUGGUCAGCUCAUCGUCGCUGGUCAUUCUCUGGGUGGACAGUAUGCCUUGGCCUUCAUGCUUCAGGUCUUCCUGGACCAGGCCAAAGGCGCCCCGGUCCACCCGUUGCUGGAAGAGGCCCGUGCGGUUGCCUUUGGUGCCCCCAUGUGCUACGGUGCUGCAGAGGGCUUCGACGUGCGUAAGGACCUGGCGGACUUCAUCCAGCAGCGGACGGUGGUCUACGUGAAUGCGGGCGACCCGGCCCCCAGGCUCUGGUCGGAGAUGGACUUGCAAGAAUUCAUGCGGUACGCCGUGUCCUGGCUACAGCAGAAGGUCUCAAGUUUCUCCAUGCGUAUUCUCGACUAUGCUGCUGGUGGUUUGGCACAGAAAGCGCAGGAAGUUCUGAAGCGCCCGGACAUCGAGAAGCAUUUGUUGCGACCGGGUGCGUGCUAUGUCCACCUUUCUCAGAUUCGUGUCCUUGCGAAGGACUUUUUUCUAUGGAGGCCAUUGAGCUACGCCAGAAUGAACAUCGAAGACCACAGCCUCUCCAAGGGCUACAUCCCGGCCCUGUGUGCUGCCUUCGAUCCUGUUGUAGCCGGUGGACUCUGGGAUGAAAUGGGGCAGACGCUCGUUGACGAGGCUGGGCACGGCUUGAUGUGA